AUGUUCUUUACUCAGAUUCUUCGCUUUUCUAUUCUCAUUAUCGGGUUGGUGUCCAGUGCUCUUGCGGUAGUGGUACCCCGGGCGGUUGAAGCAUGUCCCGAGAACAAGUUUCAAGAUGGGGCCAAUCGCAAAUGCAUUCCAUACGUUGUUGGCAAAAGUCUCGCCGGUAUAAAAUUCAGCCUUUACACAUGGACUGAAUCAGAAACGUCAACAACUCCUGCUGCUGACCCCAAAUAUCUUCAGCCUCUCGCGGAAACGGCAGCAACAGCACUGCCCGUUUAUGUGGGCUACAUGAAAACUAAGGUUUCGGAGGUGAGGGUUUAUCUCUCAGGAGAGUCAGGGAUUCUGCGAGGAGAAACUGAUUUCCGUGAGAGGGACCCUACAGUCUGUGGGGUUCAAAUCGUUGGUGCUGGAUCGGGUCCGUCAAGUGAUAUCGAGUCAGUACAACAAGCCUUCGCUCACGAACUUUAUCAUUGUGUUCAAAGGACCUUCGAGUUGACGUGGCCUCAAGAUUCGAAUGCUUGGUGGUUCGAAGGCUCCGCGGACUACUUUGGAAAUGUCUUCUACCCGGCUACCAAACCAGACCACAUGGAGACAUACUGUGGAAGAUCGCCGCUCUUCGUCCAGGCCCCGAGCAACGGCUAUGCGGGCAGCCUUUACUUUCAAUAUCUUUCGGACACUUUGACUUCGGACGGUGCCAUCAACGAUUGGGUCAGCUCUCGCCUAAAGGGCUCAAGUAGCUAUACGCUACGGGGCGAGCAAUCGAUCAUUUCUUCCGAGCCACUCAUCACUAAGGCGUUCCCAAGCUUUGCAACGCACUUCUUAGGCGGCGCAAUCCUAUACAACAAUGGUGAAGAAGUUGCCAAUACGCCUACGAAAGGUUGCGAGCAACUAAUCACGACUAUGUACGAGGUUCCAAUGAAGCCAGGCACCUACAAACACGCAACCUAUGCGCUUCCCUGGCAGAUUUACCAGAAGCUGGAGGUAACUUUCCAGGCCAAUCGAUUGAACUCUUUCACAUACGAUGCGCCAAGCGGCAGCCACACAGUGCUGCAGUAUCGCAAGGACGACGAGAAGGAGUGGACGACGGCUCAGAAAGGAAAAACGGUAAGUAUCGAUAAAAGCUGUGAGAAGCAAAAGUAUGUAUUCCUUGCAACCUCGACGGGAGAUGGGGCGCCGAGUACAGAAAUACCCGUUACUAUUCAUUUCACGGUCAAAAAGCCUCCCACGAACCGUAAGAUGAAGCGCAAUGUUCGACGCAGUAAGUUCUUCCGGACGGAACCAGCCAAAGGCAAUUCCAGCAUGACUCUGGUGGACGAGAAUCUUGAAGAAGAUCUCCACAACCAGGGCGGGAUCUCAAAACGACAAGACGGCGACCCUGCCAGCUGUCCGACAUCAAAAUGUCCAUACGGCAGCUGGAAGUUCACCGCAGCUGUGGAGUCCGACGGGAUCAAAGAGUCGACUCCAGACGGCGUCACCGUCUCCAACAUCGACACUAAAGGCUCAGGAACCUUCACUCUCGAUCAAGACACCAAGGAGGUCACGCUGCAGUUCGAUGGGUUCUCUGCAUCGUUCGACGACACGGCAGUCGGCUCUGACGACAAAGACUUCACAAUCCACUACGACUUGGCCAUUGAUGGUGGUGGGACAGCUACAGCUGUGUUCGCCGCUGAUGGACAGAGCUUCAAGUUAACAAAACCAACGUAUACCGGCACGUUUGCUUCGCAGACUACCUAUCCUGAUGCAGAGCCCUUGGGCCCGACUGGAGAUUUCGAUGUGGGAUUUGGUCCGGACGUCGCAGUGGAAUUUGCCUGUGAUAAUGUGGCGACUGAUGGGGAUGACAAUAUGAGUUUGAAUGGAUUGUUUGAUGGGACAUUUGUGUAUGACAUCUAUUAUGAGCCUGACGAUGAUACCACGGCGUGA